GGAACUUUUCAGAAAUAACAUUCAGACAGUGGCUGCCAGCGCGAGACCCCCUUGCAUUGGCCAAUCGUACCACCCUUGAUUUUUUUGGGGUAUGGAGCGACUGUGAUCCAGUGUUAAAGUGUUUUUUUUCGUUAAAUAAAGGGAAAUUGGGGUUUGCGCUCGGCGCGGAAAAAUUUUGAAAUUUUCGCUGAAAUAAGGACUUCGAAUCCGCAAUGAAGCAAACGAUUUUCGAAAGGUUCCCCAUGGCCUAUCCGUUCUAUGUGCUGGCUGUGGUGUCCAUCGGCUACGUGCUUGGAGAGUUAGGCCAUUACCUCAUCGGAGCUACCUCCAGGGCUGUAGCCACGGAUCUGCACUACGGCGACAUCGCCUGCCAGCUAAAUUCCACAGAAUUUCAUCUCAACCAGCUACCGGUACAAUGCUCAUCCGCCAACAGUUCCGAGGUAUGUCUUUCUCUCGAGCUGAACGGAACCAAGUACUGCGAUUGGUCGUACAAUGGGCUCGGUUUGGACUAUCAAAUCCUGGCUGGUCCGGCCUUCAUAGCAGUCUUCACCAUCAUGGGCGUUGCUAUAGGUUUUGCCGCCGAUAAGUUCAAGAGGGUCAGGAUGCUGACGAUAUGCACGAUCGUGUUUUCCAUAGCGAUGAUUCUGACUGGAACGGUGACAGAAUAUUGGCAGCUGGUCGUGCUGAGGAUGAUUCUAGCUGCAGGGGAAUCUGGAUGCAACCCUCUAGCAACAGGUCUUCUGACUGACAUCUUCCCUGAGGAAAAACGUGCUCUGGUUAUGUCCAUUUUCAACUGGGGAAUAUACGGAGGCUAUGGUCUAGCCUUCCCGGUUGGCAGGUAUAUCCCUCAGCUCAACUUUUUCAAUGCAGGAUGGAGGGUAACCUAUUACGGGGCUGGUGUCAUUGCCCUAAUAGUUGGUUUCAUCACAUGGUUGACCCUGAAAGAGCCACCAAGACAAGCUAUCGGUGAAACUGCCAACAAUCAGAGCGAAAAGAAGGUUACAAUUUGGAGGGUUAUCAAAGAUCCGAGGAUAAUCAUGCUUUGUGUGGCUGCUUCUAUCAGACACUGUGGUGGCAUGUGCUUCGCCUACAAUUGCGACUUGUAUUAUCGACAAUAUUUCCCAGAUUAUGACCUUGGUUGGUGGUUAUUCGCUGUGACAGUUGGAAUUGGUAGUGUCGGUGUUGUUGCUGGUGGCAUCAUAUCCGACAAAUUCGUAGCCAAGAUGGGUAUCCGUUCCAGGGUGAUGGUCUUGGCUGUAUCCCAGAUAAUAGCAACGCCGACGGCUUUUGGCAGCGUGUAUUUCACCCCAACAUGGGCCAUGGUAUCUCUGGGAGUUUCCUACAUUUUCGCCGAGAUGUGGUUCGGCAUCCUAUUCGCCAUCCUUGUCGAGAUCGUGCCUCUGAAAGUGAGGUCGACAACUGUUGGGGUAUUCCUGUUUUUCAUGAACAACAUCGGUGGUAAUCUGCCGAUUUUGGUGGAACCAGUUUCCAAGGCCAUUGGUUAUAGGGAGUCCUUGUACAUCUUCUACGCCGGGUUUUAUGGAAUAAGUUCUAUACUCUUCCUCUUCACUUUAUGCUUGAUGGAAGGUCCAAAGCCAGCAGAUGUUCCUGCCACCAUGCCAAACAAACACUUGAGCGGGGUAGACAACGUGGUCUUCACCACUGCAGACGAAAGAGGUCUACCAACUAUAACUUCGAUGGUUUCCAAUACAAGAAGACCAACCUUGAGAGAUAGUAGGAUGUAACCCAAGGAUGUCCCAUGGAAAAACUUGUGGUGUGGACCUAAGUUCAUACCUUCAAGAUCGUUGGAUAGAAGCUGUGAUGUAAAUAUAUAAUAUAUUUAAUUGCCUCAGGGGUGGAAGCCCUGUUUAUGUAUAUAAAUUCGAAGAUAUAAUAAAUUGUUCGAAAAUUUUA